AUGGGGACUUGUAAAAAGUCGUGUCAUGUCAUUCAGCAGCAUAGUAACAUAAUGCAAUACGAACAACUAAACUUCCUAAACGAAUGGCUGUGUGAAAACGCGCCUCGAAAACACGCUCACAAAACAGAGUGCUUUCGACCUUCCAGACACCUAGGUCCUAGCAAGGCACUCGCGUUAACAGUCCGUACAGCUACACAACAAUAUCAAUCUUGCUGUUCACAUGCCACAUUUCCUUCCAAUGUGAAAGAAAGAAAGCCUUCAGCUGUAGCACUCUUUCGGUGCCUAGCUGCCAUGCCACCCGAAGGAAGCACGAGGGUUGGGAUACUGCCAGGUUGCCCAAGCCUAGACAGGGGAAGUCGAGUGGCGGAGGUCGGAUUCGAACCACGGGCCUUCCGGUCAGUAAAUUCGCGCUCUAACCAUUUGGGCCAUCUCGCCCCCUUCCAGUGUGGGAAUAUCUUUAUACAGACAUUCUCUCCGGCGUGUAUAAAACAGCAGUUUUCUCAAGAAAAGACGUUUUCCCGGGGGGAUAUCUAUGUUUUGGUCCCCGGUAGGGUAGAAAUCCAUAACCACCAGCUGGAGCAGUCAACCAUCGGGUUGGUUGAGUAG